UGUCAGUAGGUAGGUAUAGGUACUAUUUUAUGUUUAUAUGUAUAUCUAAAUCUAUUUAAAUUUUCAAUUGUUGAGUUUUAUUAGAUAGUGGUAGGGAGAUUUGUCGGAUUCGUAGUGAUAAGAUAAAAACACUAUGAACAUUAGCAUACCGAUAAAAUAAUACAAUGGGAUAAGACAAUAAAUUUAUAUUUAGCAGUUAAUUAUUUCAAUUCGUUUCUCGACGAGAUAAUAGAGUUUUAAGAAUGGAACAUUUUGGCUUAUCGCACAUAUUGAGUGAGCCAGAUAAAUAUAGUCCAGAUACUUUGGACUUGUUAGCGGAUGAAGAAGCGAGAGAAUACUGGUUAAAUACAUGCGAAAAACUUGUAGAUAAAUAUGUUAAUUUUGCAUUAACUAAUAAAGAUGACCCAACAAUAGAAAUUCGAGCCCUAAAGUUCAAAACUUGUUACGUGGAAGCAUUAAAAGAACUACGAGUAAAUCCUCUUGCUCAUGGGCAGUUAACGAUACGCUUACUGCUUGAUAUUAACGAAACCUGCCUUCGAGCACAAGGUUUUUUUGACUUAUGGAAACAACAAAAAAAAAUUGAAAAUGAAGCAGCACUGGCAAACCUUGCUUCUAGACUGGCUGAAAUAGAUGCUUUUGUUGAUGAAAGACAAAAAUGGAUUGCUCUGUGCAGUGGUGUCUUAGCAGGUAAUAUGUUUGAUUGGGGGGCACAAGCUGCUACAUCUAUUCUUAAUUGUGGACUGUAUGAGGCAUUACAAAAAAUUCAAAAAAGACCUUGGCUUUAUGAUGGCUUUGACAAAUGGAUUCAAAAGUUGGAGAAGACGGUCCAUCAUUGUGCUGCAGUUUUUGUAGACAACAGUGGUGUUGAUGUUGUGUUAGGCAUAUUACCUUUUGUAAGAGGUUUACUGCUCAGAGGAACAUCCAUUAUACUGUGUGCAAAUGAAUGGCCUGCACUAAAUGAUAUCACAAAUGCAGAGCUUGAAAGUGUACUCCAAAGUGCAUCCCAUAUAUGUCCUGUUAUUGCAGGUGCUAUUGCAACAGGCAAUUUAGUUGUGAGAUCAAGUGGUCAAAGGGGUCCAUGUCUUGAUCUUAGAACUAUCAGUGUAGAUCUUGCAACUGAGAUGAAAAUCAGAGGAGUAGACUUGAUUAUACUUGAAGGUAUGGGCAGAGCUCUACACACAAAUCUCAAUGCACGUUUAGCUGUGGAUUCCUUAAAAUUGGCUGUAGUUAAAAAUGCCUGGUUGGCACAACGAUUAGGUGGCCCAUUAUUCUCUGUUAUAUUUAUAUAUGAAGACAAGCCUUCACAAACAUAACUAUAUUGAUUUAACUUACUAUUGUGACUCUUACAGUAUUUUAUCAGUCUGUCAAUAUUUAACUACCAGCAUAUUAUUGUCUCUUGAUACAGGAAAUUUUAUACUUGUGAAUGUUAAUAAUAACUGCGUUAAUGUCAUCUGACAUUUUUUGAAUAUAUUGAGUGUUACCCUCA